UGUCAAAAAAAAAAACAACUGAUACCAUAAAAAAUUGUCCUACGACUUUUUCAGAUAUCCUCACACAACUCUUAAAGAGAGUUGAACUGUUCCUAUUUUUCUUUGUUCAAUAAGGAAUCCUUAAAAUGAUAGAUUACGGAGUUCCCAAGCCGGAGGAAGAGAUCGAAGUUGUACCCAUGGAGGAAAUGUUUGCAGCAUAUUGUCGAAUGGAUCCUGUAUCAUAUGCCAAAGGUGUAAAACUCAUACCACUUUCCCAAAGUGACAAAUGGUUAAUAUCAGCAAGACUUCUUGAUAUGCAUACCCUAACAACGACAGAGACAGGUACGCACUUCUUCAAGUUCAAGAAGCGCGCCCUCUCCUACACUGAAUAUCUUGAGUACCUGGAGGACUUGGCCAAGGCAAAGAACUUGGAUUUAAAUAAUAUGAUGUAUCACAUGCAAAGAUCCGGUAAACCGAUACAUCCUCGCGACAUUAAGAAAAACUAAUUAAAUAAUAAACAAUUUGUACAACAGAUGAUUUUUCCAUCACU